GUUGCCAGGGGAUUUCCCAAAUCUAAAACCAGACUAGGGUUUUUAGCCACUCCCCACCCCUUUUUAAGGCCUGCCUUCCUAUUCACCCGCCGCUAGAGCUGCCAUUGCUUGAUCCUCUUUCCGCCGGCGAUUCUCUUAUCUGCAAUGGCUUCCGAGAAGAAGCUGUCCAAUCCGAUGAGGGAGAUCAAGGUUCAGAAGCUCGUCCUCAAUAUCUCCGUUGGCGAGAGCGGCGAUCGUCUGACCAGAGCUGCCAAGGUUCUCGAGCAACUUAGUGGACAAAUACCAGUUUUUUCUAAAGCAAGGUACACUGUCCGGUCCUUUGGAAUCCGGCGCAAUGAGAAGAUUGCAUGCUAUGUCACAGUUAGAGGUGACAAGGCAAUGCAACUUUUGGAAAGUGGUCUGAAAGUGAAGGAAUAUGAGUUGUUGAGAAGAAACUUCAGUGAUACUGGGUGCUUUGGUUUUGGCAUACAAGAGCACAUUGAUCUCGGAAUUAAGUACGACCCUUCCACAGGUAUUUAUGGCAUGGACUUCUAUGUCAUCUUAGAGCGCCCUGGCUAUCGCGUGAGCCGUCGCCGUCGCUGCAAAUCAAGAGUUGGCAUUCACCAACGUGUCACCAAGGAGGAUGCUAUGAAGUGGUUCCAAGUUAAGUAUGAAGGAGUCAUCCUCAACAAAGCCCAGGGAACUAGUUAAUUAGGAUUUGGCACAACUGAACCUAGCUACUAGUUCUAGAGCUGAAUUAAGCUCAUCUAUCCACUUUUUCCCCAAAGGAGUUUUUUUUUGGUAAACCGCUCUUAUUUGUGUUUGUGCCCCCAACCAAGAUCUUUGCUUUUAGUAUUUGUCACUCUAUUUUGGUGCCUAUUUUUGUCUGUGACAACAUUAUUGUUGCCCUUAUCUUUGAAAACUCACCUACAAAUACUUUCACAUUCCAAACAAUAUUUUCUACCUGCUACUCUCCAUUA